GCAGCCCCAGCGGGGCGGGGCCGGAGGCUCUUGGCUGCCGUCACUUCCUGUUCUCUGUCAGUCGGGAGCGAACGAGCAGGAGGUUGUUCGAUAGCAGGAGCGGAGCAAUGCCUAAAUCAAAGGAACUUGUUUCAUCAAGCUCUUCUGGCAGUGAUUCUGACAGUGAAGUUGACAAGAAGUUAAAGAGGAAAAAGCAAGUUGCUCCAGAAAAACCUGUAAAGAAGCAAAAGACUGGUGAAACUUCUAGAGCUCUGUCAUCUUCCAAACAGAGCAGCAGCAGCAGAGAUGAUAACAUGUUUCAAAUUGGGAAAAUGAGAUAUGUCAGUGUUCGGGAUUUCAAAGGGAAAGUUCUAAUUGAUAUCAGGGAAUAUUGGAUGGAUCCAGAAGGUGAAAUGAAACCAGGAAGAAAAGGUAUUUCUUUAAAUCCGGAGCAAUGGAGUCAGCUGAAGGAACAGAUUUCUGACAUUGAUGAUGCAGUAAGAAAACUGUAACAUCUGAGCCAUAUAAAAACCUGUACUGUUCUAGUUGUUUUAAUCUGUCUUUUUACAUUGGCUUUUAUUUUCUAAACGUUGUUUUCCAAGCUAUUGUAUAUUUGGAGUGCAGAACAAUUUGUAAGAUGAAUACUUUUUUUUUAAUGUGCAUUAUUAAAAAUGUUCUGAGCAAAGCUAACUGUCAACUUUAUUAAGGAGAAUUGCUCUGUGCCCAGUACCUAGUGUAAAAUAAAAUCAAGUAAUACAAUCUUAACUGUUGUGGCCUUUUUUGAUCAGAAGAGUUGGUACUGUGUAAGGCCAAAAGUAACAGUUUAAUAGAACUUUUAGUUUCAGCUCAGCCUUUACAUUAAAAAAGAGAUUUAUGUUGCACUGAGUUUAUAAACUUAAUUCUUGAAAUCCAUCCUUGAUCUGUUUUUUCCAAAUGUUUAGACUUGUUCAACUUUACCACCCCGGUGAUAUUUCACUUUCCUUUCUUUUCUUCAUUUUCCCUUAAUAACAUAAUUUUUUCUGUGUUCAGUUUUCAUUUUAUUUUUAGUUUGUUCCUUGAAUAUAAUUAUGCUAAUUUGGAAAGUCAGUGAAACUGUCAAUGUUAACUCAGUAAGGUACUCUAUAAGUAAAGUAUUAUGUGAGAACUGCAGUCACUUAAUCUACUGUAUUUAAACAUUAGCAGAUAUAGUUUGAUAAAUAACAUGGAUUAUAAGAAAACUGAGCAAGUGUAUGUUAUUACCCAUAGUGUUCUGUGUAGUCGUUAUUGCUUAGUCUGCAGAAAAUAUUGACUUGGAUAACUGGUUUGCUUUCACUUAUUUAAACAUGUUCACCAUGGGAUGAUGUCUAUAAAAUCAGAUAUUGUUAUUAGGAUUUAAUAAAAACUGAAAGCUUGCUGGCCUAAAA